CGCGGCUCCCCGAUUCCGGGAGCUCGGCAGGUGAGCUCGCCUGGACGGGGCGGGAAGCGGGCGCCCCUUCCCCGCUCCGGACCUGUGGACACCUUGGAAAAGUUGAUCUCGCCGCGGCGCAUCCGGAGCGGCGCCGGCCGAGGCGCCCGAGAGCGACCCCAUGCUCCAGCCCGCGCCCCCCGCGCUGCUGCUGCUGGGCACCACGCUGACCUUCCGGGCCGCCCUGCUGCUGCUGUCCCGGCUGCCCCUGCCCACCAACGUGCGGGGCGACCCCGUGCGCACCUGGCGCUGGCACAACCUGCUCGUCUCCUUCGCCCACUCCAUCGUGUCCGGUCUCUGGGCUCUGCUCUGCGUCUGGCAGACCCCGGAGAUGCUGGUGGAGCUCGAGACCGCCUCGUCCCUUUCCGGCUAUUGGCUCGUCUGCUUCUCCACCGGCUAUUUUAUCCAUGACACGUUGGACAUCGUGUUGAGCAACCAGACUCGGGCAUCGUGGGAAUAUCUGGUGCACCACGUCUUGGCCAUCUUUGCCUUUGCCUCGGGCAUCUUUCAGGGCAGCUUCGUGGCAGGGGGCGUCAUGACCCUCUUUGUGGAAGUCAGCAACAUCUUCCUCACCAUAAGAAUGUUGAUGAAGCUCAGCAACAAUCAGAACCACGUUUUCUACGAGAUCAACAAGUACAUCAACCUGUUGAUGUAUUUCCUCUUCCGCCUGGCUCCCCAGGCCUACCUCACCAGCUUUUUCCUUCAAUACCUGGGGCAGAAGACACUGGGAGCCUUUCUGCUCACCAUCCUGUUGCUGCUGGACCUGAUGAUCCUCACCUACUUCUCCCGCCUCCUCCGAUCAGACUUCUGCCCAAAUAGAGCUUCCCUUCGGCCUAACAAUGACAAGUUUCUGAUUGACUGAAUAGGUCCAGUCCAUCCUUCAUGACUGUAGGGACUUACUUUCCACAUAGCCUAGCAUCCCUCUGGGCACAGGUCCCUAUUUGGCUACCAGCUUAGAUGUACUAUUGAAGACUUAAAAAAACAAAAACAAAAACAUCUCUCAAAUCCAAAAGCA